AAAGGAAGCAGUGCACCGGCGUCAAUAGUGGCAUGAUGAUGUAAAGCCAGGAUGUUUGCCCUCGAGUUUUACACUGUAAAGAGAAUCAUAAGGAAGAGGAUCGCCGAAAAGAAGAAUUGACAAAGGGACCUUUAGAUUUGCCAAGAAAAAUUUUAGAAAACCAUAAAGAUCUUGGAGAGAGAGAGAGAGGGUGUUUCCAUUUGAAAUGGCGAUUUCGACGAGCCAGCAUCUCAUCUACAAAGCCAACCCAGGCGUCCCUCUUCUUCGAUCACCACAGCAUCGCCACCACAGAGUCAAAACCAACCUCAAAAGACCACCGCCAUCGCCGCACUUGCAGGUCUCAACCGCCUCUGCGUCGGACAUUCUGCGUCUCGUGGACAGCCUCCACCUCCCCAUGAACUCAGACAUCUACUCCUCUCUCCUGCACGAGUGCACCCAAUGCAAAUCCUUACUCGAUGGCGCGGAGGUUCACGCCCACAUAAACCGCACCUUCUUCGAGCCAGGAAUCAGGCUGGCUAACCGGUUGAUCGUGAUGUACUUGGCCUGCGGCUGCUUCGAUGACGCGUUGCAGGUGUUCGACGAAAUGCGGACCCGAGAUUGCCUCUCGUGGGCAGCCAUCAUACUGGGGAGCAUCGAAAGCAAUAGGUGCGAACAGGCAAUUAGUUUCUUCAUCCAAAUGCAAGAGCAAGGCGUAGUGCCAAACGAGUUGAUUCUUGUUGGCAUGUUUAGAGCUUGUCGAUCGGUCAGGAGAUGUGGAUUCAGGCUUGGCCGGCAGGUUCAUGGUCUGGCAUUGAAGAUGGGAAUGACAAAGGAUCCAUUCGUCGCGAGCGAGCUCGUCAAUUUGUAUGGAAAGAAUGGGUUUUUGGAGAACCUGUACAGAUUGUUCAAUGACGCUCUGCGAAGAGAUAUUGUGCUAUAUACUGGAAUGAUGGCGUGCUAUAACAGAGAAUCACAUUUCACUGAGGCGAUUAGAACUUUCAGUGAGAUGAGAAAAUCCGGGAAGAGAGUAAACCAUUUCACCUUUUCCAGUGUUCUCCGGGCCUGUGCCGGAAACAUCGAUAGCCGGACAGGGAUGCAAGUGCAUGCAGGGGCUGUUAAAGCUGGGGUUGAUCAGAACGUGUUCGUUGGAACAAGCAUGAUCAACAUGUAUGGAAAGUGUGGGCUAUUGAACGAAGCUCACCAAGUGUUUGCGGGUAUGGCCGACAAGAACGCCGCUUGUUGGAACGCCAUGCUUGGUGCGUACCUCCAACGUGAAGGCUGCUGCUGCGAAGCGCUCAAGUUAUUGCAUGAAAUGAAGGCUAGAGGUGUGAAACCACUGCAGCCAAUUGUAGACAAAAUUGUAACAUUUUGUGGGAGUUAGAGAAAUCAAUACUCUUUAGACGAUAAAACAUCAAGAUUGCUGUGAUUGUGCAUAUACUUUGAAGAUUGUAAAGAUUCUGCCCGUAUUAAUAGAUAUCAGACGUAUACUUUGCUUUCU